GGGGAACUUGAAGAGAGCAGGGGGAGGAGGAGGAGAAGAAGGAUUGAUAUAACAAGAGGGGCUGUCGAUGCGCAAUUCUCACUCCAAGUCUUUGAACCAACACCGAUAACGGGGAGCGGGCUUUCCAUUCAUUUUCGGGCGCAGGCAACUUUUCUUUCUUGAGUCCGUGGCGCUGGUCCGUUUCACCACAGAAUACAAAUCUAUUUUUAUUUUAUAUUUUUGUGCGUAAAAAGCGAAGUACGAGACAGCGAGGCAUCGGCAGAUCCGAAACUUUUGAGAGACGCCAACCUUGCGCGAAGUUUGUCUCUUGUUGAACAUUGCAUGACAUUUGUUUGAAGGACUUGAGAGCCUGACAGAGUUUCUUCACCUACCGCGUGGUGUGGGAUUUGGAGCCGAAACGGGGAGUUCUCAAAUGCAAAAGUACAUGUAUGAGAAAGCGAUGGCCCAAGAGACAAGGAACGGAGGAACCUCUACCUUAAAUAACAACAAUGGUGUUGACAACAGCAAGAAGAAGCUGCUCAUAGCGCUCGACAUCUUCUGUCUUUUACUUGCCAUGCUGCCGACCCUGGUUCUGCACCGCACCUCUAUUCGUCCGUACCAGAGGGGUCUUUACUGCGGUGACUCCAGCCUGAACUACCCCUACAAGAGAAGCACCGUACCCUCCUCAGUGCUCAUUUCUGUUGGCUUGACACUGCCCGCGGUGUCUAUUGUGAUUGGGGAAUGCUACAGGAUUCACCAGCUACAUGAGGGAACCAAGUCAUUUGUUGGGAAUCCCUACGUUGCGGCUCUCUACAAACAGAUGGGUGUGUUUCUCUUUGGCUGCGCCGUUAGCCAGUCAUUCACAGACAUCGCCAAGGUGUCGGUGGGUCGGAUGAGACCUCACUUCUUAGAUGUGUGUCGACCAGAUUUCUCCACCAUCAACUGUUCACUGGGGUACAUCACCAACUACACCUGCGCUGGUGAAGAGAGCGAAGUACAGGAGGCCAGGAAAUCCUUCUUCUCAGGACAUGCCUCUUUCUCAAUGUUUACCAUGCUUUACCUGGCUUUUUACCUCCAGUCCAGGUUUACAUGGCGUGGCGCUCGCCUCCUCCGCCCUUUGCUCCAGUUCACCCUGCUGAUGAUGGCCUUCUACACCGGCCUGUCCCGCGUCUCCGACCACAAGCAUCACCCGACCGAUGUCCUGGCAGGCUUUGUGCAGGGAGCCCUGGUGGCCUACUGCAUAGUGUUCUACGUGUCAGACCUGUUUAAGCCCAGGGUGAAGCCAGCCACGCCCCCGCCCUCCCCGAUCAAGAAGGAGCUGCUCCCUUCAUCCGACAUCAUCGAGAGGAACAACCACCACAACAUGGUGUGAGAGAGGCCACGUCUUCUUCCUGUGACCGAGGAGCCAAUCACAGCGCUGCUCAACUCCCAUCGGACAGUAGAAUGUAGCGACAAGAGACUGUAGCUGCUUCUUAAAUGGCAUCCUCCUCCCUUUCGCAGUGCCCAGCUAGGUGCUUUGUGGACUAGGGUGUCAGAUUUGAGAUUUGCACAGCAGAGUCCACUCUUACUAUCCAGACUUGUUAUUUACUCUAACUACUAAUCAAACUUUUGAGCCCAUCCUUUUGAGCACAAACAGAAAAGAAUUGGAAGCUAAAAUAGAAAACCUAAUUAAAAAAACAAACAAACUGAUGACUUGACAGGCAGAGCUGAGGGUGUGGAGGUUUGAUGAAGUUUAACCACAUGAAGGGAAGAAAAACACAAAUGAAGAAAAGACAAAAAAGUUAAGAAAAAAAUACAAACCCCCUGCCUAGGGAGAGAGUGAUGCUUCCUCUCUGACUCUCUGUGGCCUUGGAACGCCGUAGGACAACAACUUCCUUAGCGAAGGGAAGGAUAUUACUGCAUAGAAAUAUUAACAGGAUAGAAAAAUAUAACUUAUAGCACUGUUUCAACUUCAUUAUCCAUUAUCACCACUUGCUGCCUGAGAUGUCUGACUGAAGAAAAACUUGAACAUGCUGAUGUCGCGAGACAGAAACACUGAGUCCAAGUAAGAAUAACGAUAGCAUAGCAUGACUUUUAAUAGAAUAACCCUGAAUAGGCCAGGGGAUCACACUCUGAUCUUUUUUAGGCCUUUGAGCCAGAUCAGUUCUUUCUACUCUGGAAAGUGAAGCCCUCCAACCUCACAUACUUUUGUCUCCAGAUCAGCACGUCAAGCUUUUUGUAGCAGACUUUCAGAGCGGCCCAAACCCGGGAUGUUGCAUUUUUUUUUUUUUUUUUUUUGAGGGUUAGAUGUAGAAACGGGGGGGUGAAUUCUGUGGAAUGUGAGGCAGACCUCACAGGCUCCCAGCAUCCUGGUGAGAGGCGUGGCUGUGCCAUGCCGCUCCCAGGUGAUGGGGCCGUCUGUCCGGCUUCCUAACCAGGAAGGGGGCAGGUGGGCAGAGUGAAGGGGUGCGGUCUGUCACCGUGGAAAGAGGGUGAUGAUUUACAGCUAAGCUGGCACAUUAUUUUGGGAUGAUUUGGGCUCUUUCCGCUGGCAGGGAGGGGCUCUCACCCACCCAAUCACUCAUUGGCAAUGGAUGUUUGUCUCUCAGUGUGUGUACGUGUGUGUGUUGUGUACAAUCUUGUGUGGGUACGCCUGUGCUUGUACAUCUUGUGAGUGUGCUUGUGUGUUUGCAUACGUUCGAGCGCUGUGCCCUGUGAAAAGGACCCCCCCUCUUGAUAAACUGUGUGUCAAAUGAAACAAAAAUGUGUGUGUGUGUGUUUGUGCGUGCGCGUGUGUCAAAAGAGCGAGCGAGCAGGUGAACGUUAUAAAAACUGUGGAUCUAAUAUUUCUAUUCUCUGCUAAGAAGCAUCUUUAACCUUGCAUGUUUAUAGCCUGUCCUGUAUAAUCACUAACAGUUGUACAGUACCAGACGCAGAAGUCCUUUUUAUUUACAGCCUACUCAGAUAUCCUCCUCCAACAACACACUCCGCCAUGUUGCACAUCUUUCUCAUCGUAUAGUCCGUCCUAUCAUUUCACAAAGCCGUUUUCACUCUCUUUUUAUAAAUAUAUAAAUAAUGUAUAGAUCACUAAAAUUAACUCUGUAAGAUAUUGUUUCUUAACAUGUUUAGAUAUAUCCACUAUGAUUACAGACCUGUGUUCUUUACAAAAAAAGUGCUGCUUAAAAAGCAUCGAUUGACAGAUUUUUGUAUCUAGAUAACUAAACUAUUGUAGAUUGUUAUAGUUACGUUUGUAAUAUGCAUUCAAAAAAAAAUACACCCACAAUUGUAUUAAAAUUCAAUAUUAGUAUUUUUGUAUUGUCUUGUUUUUUGUACAAAAGAAAUAGUAGAAAUGCUGUUUUUUUCUGCUAAAUGUACUUAGCUCCAUUACAUGUGCUUUUAAAUAAAAAGCUCAUUAUGAAUACA